UCUAGGGCGCAUCUGCGGGGGUGCUUGCUGUGUAGACGAACCUGAGAACCGGGUUGGACCACCGGGGUCCAUUCAAGAUGAGGAUGCGCAGGGCGACCCCUUUCCCUCUCCUUGCAGCAGAGCUCCUCCUGCUCCUCCGGUUCUUUGGACUGGCGGAACCCUCUGGCCUUACAGGUAAUAAUCCAUUCACCAUUGUCAAUGAAAACACGGGGAAGUGCAUCAAACCACUGAAUGGUUGGAUAGUAGCUAAGAAUUGUGAUGGAAUGGAGGACAUGUUAUGGAAGUGGGUGUCCCAGCAUCGGCUCUUUCACUUGCAAUCUCAGAAGUGCCUGGGUUUAGAUAUUACCAAAUCCACGGAUUCUCUGAGAAUGUUCAACUGUAACUCCAAUGCCAUUAUGUGGUGGAAAUGUGAGCGCCGCUUUCUGUAUGGAGCUUCCCAGUACCGAUUAGCUCUGAAAGAUGGACAUGCCAUAGCCAGUAAAGAGUCAUCUGAUUUCUGGAGAAAAGGAGGUUCAGAGCAAAGCCUGUGUGAUCAACCUUACCAUGAGAUAUAUACCAGAGAUGGGAACUCCUAUGGUAGACCCUGUGAAUUUCCAUUCUUGGUCAAUGGGAUUUGGCAUCAUGAGUGCAUUCUUGAUGAAAAGCACAGUAGACCAUGGUGUGCUACCACCUUGAAUUAUGAAUAUGAUCAAAAGUGGGGCAUCUGCUUAAAAUCAGAAAUUGGCUGUAAAGAUAACUGGGAAGAAAAUGAGCAGAUUGGAAGUUGCUACCAAUUUAACACCCAGGCGGCUCUUUCCUGGAAAGAAGCUUAUGUUUCCUGUCAGAAUCAAGGAGCUGACUUACUGAGCAUCAGCAGUACUGCUGAAUUAACUUAUCUUAAAGAAAAAGAUGGCAUUGCUAGAUUUUUUUGGAUUGGCUUAAAUCAGCUUUACUCUGCUAGAGGCUGGGAAUGGUCAGACCACAAGCCAUUAAAUUUUCUCAAGUGGGACUCAGAUAUGCCUAGUACCCAAACAGUAGGUGGAUCUAGCUGUGCAAGAAUGGAUACUGAAUCUGGUGCGUGGCAGAGUUUUUCCUGUGAAGCUCAACUGCCUUACAUCUGCAAGAAGCCAUUAAAUAACACAGUGGAGACAACUGAUGUCUGGACAUAUUCAGAUACCCACUGUGAUACAAACUGGCUACCAAAUAAUGGAUAUUGUUAUCUGCUGGUAAAUGAAAGCAAUUCCUGGGAUAAAGCAUACAUGAAGUGCAAAACGUUUGGGAGUGACCUCAUCAGCAUUCAUUCAUUGGCAGAUGUGGAGGUUAUUGUCACAAAACUUCAUAGUGGUGAUGCCAAAGAAGAAAUAUGGACAGGCUUUAAGAACAUAAACAUACCAACUUUAUUUCAGUGGUCAGAUGGUACUGAAGUUACUCAAACAUACUGGAAUGAGAAUGAGCCAAAUGUUCCCUAUAACAAGACACCCAACUGUGUUUCCUAUUUAGGAAAGCUAGGUCAGUGGAAGGUUCAAUCAUGUGAAAAAAAACUUAAAUAUGUAUGUAAGAAAAUGGGAGAAAAAAUAAAUGAUACAAAAUCUGAGAAGAUGUGUCCUCCUGAAGAGGGCUGGAAGAGACAUGGAGAAACCUGUUAUAAGAUUUACAAGGAUGAGGUCCCUUUUGGAACCAACUGCAAUCUGACUAUAACUAACAGAUUUGAGCAAGAAUAUCUGAAUGAUAUGAUUAAACAUUAUGAUAAAUCUACAAAUAUAUAUUUCUGGACUGGCCUGAGAGAUAUAGAUUCACGUGGAGAGUACAGUUGGUCCAGUGCUAGUGGAGUAAAGCGUACUCUGACCUUUUCCAACUGGAAUUCUGUUGAGCCAGCGUUUUCAGGUGGGUGUGUGGCUAUGUCUGCUGGAAAGUCUCUUGGAAAGUGGGUGGUAAAAGAUUGUAAAAGCUUCAGAGCACUUUCAGUUUGCAAGAAAAUAAGUGAACCGCCUGAGCCUGAAGAAGUAACCCCCAAGCCUAUAGACACUUGUCCUGAAGGCUGGCAUAACUUACCUUCAAGUCUGUCUUGCUAUAAGCUCUUUCAUAUAGAAAGAAUUGUAAGAAAGAGAAACUGGGAAGAAGCUGAGAGAUUCUGCCAGGCUCUUGGAGCACACCUCCCUAGCUUCAGUCAUAUGGAUGAAAUAAGGGAAUUUCUUCACUUAGUAAUGGACCAGUUCAGUAACCAACGUUGGCUGUGGAUAGGCUUGAAUAAAAGAAGCCCAGAUUUACAUGGAUCCUGGCAAUGGAGUGAUCGUUCACCAGUAUCUACUGUUAUCAUGACAGAUGAGUUUCAGCAGGAUUAUGAUGUCAGAGACUGUGCUGCUGUAAAGGUUGUUCAUAGGUCAUUGCGAAGAGGCUGGUAUUUCCACGAUGACACAGAAUUUAUGUAUUUAAGGCCUUUUGCUUGUGAUACAAAACUUGAAUGGGUGUGCCAGAUCCCAAAAGGUCAUAAUCUCAAAACACCAGACUGGUAUAAUCCAGAUCGUGCUGGAAUUCAUGGACCUCCAGUUAUAAUAGAAGGCAGUGAAUACUGGUUUGUUGCUGAUCCUCACUUAAACUAUGAAGAGGCUGUCUUGUAUUGUGCUAGUAAUCACAGCUCUUUGGCUACAUUAACAUCUUUUACAGGAUUAAAAGCCAUCAAAAACCAAAUAGCAAAUAUAUCUGGUGAUGAACAAAGGUGGUGGUUGAGAACUACAGAACAUCCAAUAAAUCGUCUCAGAUAUUCACGAUUUUCAUGGUAUCACUUUCCUAUAACAUUUGGAGAAGAGUGCUUGUACAUGUCUGCUAAGUCCUGGCUUAGUGACUUAAAUAAACCAGCAGACUGUAGUACCAAGUUGCCCUUCAUCUGUGAAAAAUAUAAUGUAUCUGCAUUAGAGAAAUAUAGUCCAGAUUCUGCAGCUAAAAUACAAUGUUCUGGGGACUGGAUUCCUUUUCAGAAUAAGUGUUUUCUAAAGAUCAAACCUAAAUCUGUCUCAUUUUCUCAAGCAAAUGAUACUUGUCACACCUAUGGUGGCACUCUUCCUUCAGUGUUGAGCCAAAGAGAACAAGAUUUUAUUACAUCCUUGCUACCUGGUAUGGAAGCUACUUUAUGGAUUGGUUUGCGAUGGACUGCCUAUGAUAGGAUAAGCAAAUGGACAGAUAAUAGAGAACUGACAUACAGUAAUUUUCAUCCAUUACUGGUUGGUCAUGGACUGAGAAUACCAACAAAUAUACUUGAGGAAGAGUCUCACUACAACUGUGCUCUUAUGGUCAACCUCCAAAACUCACCUUUUAUUGGAACGUGGAAUUUUACUGCCUGCAAUGAACACCACACUGUGUUUCUCUGUCAGAAAUAUUCAGAGAUUGAAAGCCAGUGGAUCUUGCAGAAUACUUCAGAAACUGUAAAGUAUCUAAAUAAUCUGUACAAAAUAUUCCUGAAGACAGUGACUUGGUUUGAAGCUCUAAAAGAGUGUCAGAAACAUAACAUGCAGCUUGUAAGCAUCACAGACCCUUACCAGCAGGCAUUCCUAACUGUCCAGACAGUUCUUUAUAACUCUUCUUUAUGGAUUGGACUCUCCAGUCAAGAUGAUGAACUCAACUUUGGCUGGUCAGAUGGGAAACGUCUUCAAUUUAGUCGCUGGGCAGAAAAUAAUGAGCAACUCGAAGACUGUGUAAUAUUAGACACUGAUGGAUUCUGGAAAACGUCUGAUUGCAAUGAAAAUCAAACGGGUGCUAUUUGCUACUAUCCAGGAAAUAAAACUGAAAAAGCGGUCAAACCAAUUGACAGUGUUCAGUGUCCAUCUCCAGUUCUAAAUACUCCAUGGAUACCAUUUCAGAACAGUUGCUACAAUUUCAUGAUAACAAGGAAUAGUUAUACAGCAGUAACACAAGAUGAAGUGCAUUCUAAAUGCCAGGAACUGAAUCCCAAAGCACAUAUUCUGAGUAUUCGAGAUGAAAAAGAAAAUAACUUUGUUCUUGAGCAACUUCUACAUUUCAACUACAUGGUUUCAUGGGUUAUGUUAGGUAUAACUUAUGCAAAUAAUUCCCUCAUGUGGUCUGAUAAGACUAUGCUGUCAUAUACACACUGGAGAGCAGGAAGACCAUCUAUAAAGAGUGGAAAGUUUUAUGCUGGUUUGAGUACUGAUGGUUUCUGGGAUAUCCAAACUUUUAAUGUUAUUGAAGAAACACUGUACUUCCAUCAACACAGUAUUCUAGCUUGUAAAAUUGAAAUGGUUGACUAUAAGGAAGAAUAUAAUACUACUCUGCCACAGCUGAUUCCACAUGAAGAUGGUAUUUAUAAUGUUAUUCAAAGAAAGGUAACAUGGUAUGAAGCAUUAAGUAUGUGUUCUCAAAAUGGAAGUCAUUUGGCAAGUGUUCAUGAUCAACAUGGCCAGCAAUUUCUGGAAGAUAUUGUGAAACGUGAUGGAUUUCCACUGUGGGUUGGACUCUCAAGUCAUGAUGGAAAGGAAUCAAGUUUUGAAUGGUCUGAUGGCAGUCCAUUUGACUAUAUUCCAUGGAAAAAUAAAAAGUCUGUUGGAAAUUGUGUUGUUGUGGAUCCAAAGGGAGUUUGGAAACAUGAAAAAUGCAACUCUGUUAAAGAUGGAGCUAUUUGCUAUAAACCUACAAAACUCAAAGAGGUAUCUUCUUAUACAUACUCAUCAAGGUGUCCAACAGCUAAACAGAAGGAAUUACAGUGGAUCUCAUAUGAGGGCCACUGUUACACAUAUGAUCGGGCAUUGCACAAUUUCUCAGAAGCCAGGAGGUUUUGUUCAGAACUUGAUCAUUAUGCUACUGUUGUUACCAUAAAGAAUGAAGGUGAGAAUAAAUUUGUAAGCAGGCUGAUGAGAGAGAAUAAUAAUAUUACCAUGAGAAUUUGGCUUGGAUUAUCUCUAUUAUCUGCUGAUCAAUCUUGGCAUUGGUUGGAUGGAACAAGAGCAUCAUUUGUCAAAUGGGCAGAUAAAAGUAAGAGUAAUAGUGGGAGAUGUAGCAUUUUGUUAGCUUCAAAUGAAACUUGGAAAAAAGUUGAAUGUUCAAAUGGUUAUGGGAGAGUUGUCUGCAAAGUUCCUCUGGACUGCCCUCCCCCCACAUGGAUUCAGUUCCAAGACAGUUGUUACCUUUUUAUACAAGAAGCCAUCAAAGUAGGAAGCAUAGAGGAUGUCAGGAAUAAGUGCACUUCCCAUGGGGCAGAUAUGAUAAGCAUACAUAAUGAAGAAGAAAAUACUUUCAUACUGGAUAUUUUGAAAAAGCAACAAAAAAACCCUGAUGAUAUUCUGUUGGGCAUGUUUUUUGACACAGAUGAUGCAAGUUUCAAGUGGUUUGAUAAGUCAAAUAUGACAUUUGAUAAGUGGGCAGAUCAAGAUGAUGAAGAGCUAGUUGACACCUGUGCAUUUUUGCACACCAAGACAGGUGGAUGGAAAAAAGGAAAUUGUGAAAUUUCUUCUGUGGAAGGAACUAUUUGUAAAAGAGCUAUCCCAUAUGAAAAGGAAUAUUUAUCAGAUAACCAUAUUUUAGUAUCAGCUUUGGUGAUUGCUAGCACAGUAAUUUUGACAGUUUUGGGAGCAAUUGCUUGGUUCCUGUACAAAAGAAAUUUGUAUUCUGGUUUCACCACAAUUUUUUCAACUGCACCCCAAUCACCUUAUAAUGAUGACUGUGUUUUAGUAGUUGCAGAAGAAAAUUGAAUAUACUAUUCAAUCUGAGUAAGAUUUUUGAAGACAUUGCAUACCUUGUCAGUAUUUCCAAUGCAAGAUUUUAAGACAACUGAUAAUGAACAUUAUAGUUUUAUGGUGUUAUUUUUCUUAUUUCAGUAACAUCUUCAUGUAAUCACUGUGACAAAAAUCUCAUGUAUUAAAAAAAAAACACAGGUUUUAACCAUUUCUCCAAAUGCAUCCUUCACCUGGAGGAAAGUGUAAAGCCUAGACAGUAAAGCUAAUAAAAAUUUAAAAUCUACUUUCUUUUUUUUUUAAAUUUAUUUCUUUAUUGGGGAAUUAAUGUUUUACAUUCAACAGUAAAUACAAUAGUUUGUUCAUGCAUAACAUUCCCCAGUUUCCCAUUUAACAAUACAACCCCCACUAUGUCAUUUAUCAUCCUUCAUGGACCUGUAUUCUCCCCACCCACCCUAAAAUCUACUUUAUGUUUCUUACCUGCUCUAUUUUCCCUUUUGGUUAGUUGAACCACCUUAUUUGGAAAAACUUAAGAUUUAACCUGUUAGGGAGUAGGACGGUAGUGCAGUGGGUUAAGCGCAUGAAGUGCAAAGCGUGGGGACUGAUGUAAGGAUCCCGGUUCAAGCCCCCGGCUCCCCACUCAAAGGGGAGUCGCUUCACAGGUGGUGACACAGGUCUGGAUGAGUUUAUCUUUAUCCCCCCCCCCAUUUCUCUCUGUCCUAUCCAACAACAUCAAUAACUACAACAAAAGGGAAUAAAUAAAUACAUAAAAAAAGAUUUAACCUGUCAGUAAUUUCAAUGGUCUAAAAUUGCUUCUUGCUUAACUAACAAUAAACACACAGGGAAUAAAUCAGACCAAGCCACUUUAAAAUAAAUUCUAUACAUUUAAAUUAUCAUUCUGGUUAGUUAAUUGUACAAAAAUUAAAAAAAAAAAAACUUUCCCCCUCUACCUCCCCUACCCUUUCAAUUUCUGGUUAUCUCUAUCCAAUAAAUAAAUAUAAUUUGUUUUUAAUUUAAAAAAAUGAUAUGACAAAACACUGAAUGUUCUCACUCAUGCUAGGCAAAUAAAGAAACGGAGCAGUAGAAUGAGCAGUCAGAUGAAGACAAGCCUUUAGACUCAGACUGCAAAGCUAAGGUUGGCAAAUGGGUAGAGUGGGGAAGGGGUGAGUUGCAGGGCUGGAGAGGGUCCAGUGGACAAAAAAAAAAAACUUUUGGUGCUAUUUCCUCAAGGUCCAAUUGUAAAAUUUUCCACAACAUAUUUCAUUUAACUAUUAUCUGAUUACUCUUAGAAUACCAUUGUGGACCUAACAGUAUUUAGCACUAAUCAUAUUUAUCUAGAAACUAAGAUCUUAAUUUUUUUGACAGUCACAGUAGGAAAGUGUAGAUAUUGGUAGGGAGGGCUACAGUUUUGUCAAAGUAUUCCAUUAUACUUUUCUACUACCAUCCAUCCUAUCCCUAUAUAAGGUUAUCUCACUGUUAAAAUUGUGGCUAACAAAGUAACUCACUUGCAUAGUGUGACCCAGGUUGAAAUCUGGCUCCCACCACACUAAAGGAACUUCAGUGCUAUGGUUUCUUUGCCUCUGUCUCUAUCUGAAAAAUAAAAUUCUAAAAAAAAAAGAAAGAAAAAGAAAAACAAA